AUGUCUACUUCCCCCGAACCCAUCACCACAACCUCUGAACUCCACGACGAUAUUUUCGGCUCAGCACCGAAUUCUCCUGAUCUGGCGCCAUCACAUGGGAAUGAGGACGAUAGUAUCCAAGUACCGGAACGACUGCUCAACACGGCAAACUCAGAACGCAGCGAUAUACCCCGUCUACGCAGCGUCCACGUAACCUCUGGCUACCGCGACGGCAUCUCCGUCUCCAAAGCCUCACAUGUACAACACGGAUUCGACGAAGGGUUCUCCCUCGGCGCCGUCAUUGGCACAAAAGCUGGCUUCUUGCUUGGUGUGCUUGAAGGCAUUGUCCGCUGUAUCUCUGCCUCUGCUGCCAUCUCCACAGGAGUCAAGGAAGGAGUCAUUGCAAAAUUUGUGGCUGCGAGAGAGGAAUUGGCAUUGCAGAGUUUGUUUGGCAGAGAGUGGUUUGGCGAAGAUGGAAUUUGGAAGUUUGAGGUUUUGGGUGAGGGGAGGGAGGAGGAAGAGGUUACAUUUAGGGAUGUGGCUGAGGCGCAUCCUGUCUUGGUGAAGUGGGGAAGAGAGGUUGAGGGAUUGAAGAAGAGGUUUGGGGUUGAGAUUAAGGCAAGAGAGAGAACGGAGGGAGAGGAUGAAGACGAGGCUACUGCUUGA